GCCGUGCACUGGUGGCUGUGAGUAUUUCCGAGAUCGUGCUAGCGAAAGGUCGUGCGUGCCUACCUCGUCGGCUUCACGAAACGGCGCAACAGCUAUCCUCUCCGUGUGUGUGCGUGUGACUGUCUGUGUGUGUGUGUGUGGUAUCUUCAGUAGGGUCUACACGCAGAAGACCAACAAAAAACAGAGCAAAAAGCGUUUAUCUUUCAAUCGUGCAAAAAGCAAAAAAAAUAAACCGGCUCACAAGACUCGCGUGUGCAGUAAGCGUUGCAAAGCCACUUGCCUUAUUAUUCCGAUACAUUUUGCACAAACAUUAACAUAAAACAUAGGUCAAAAUUGAACAAUUUCUCAUAGUUGAAGAAUAAAUUUGAUUAUUCAUUUAGAGCUUGUGGCAACACAUUCAAGAACAAAUUUUCAGUUGAACUUUCUCAAAUCUGACUUUGCGCACAAUAGAGGUUGUAAAUGGUUGCAUGUUGAUUAAAAAAAUGCUAAAAAAUAGUUUGUAGAAAUCUUCUAUUUGGCGUAACGUCCUACGCGUACAAGCCGGACUAUAUAGGGCUUUCAAGGCUUAUGUCAGUACCACGCUGCCGGAUAGUCAGUCCUUGCUUGAGGGAGGACGCUCCAUUCUAGGCUUGAACCAAUGAUGCAAUAAGGAUGUGCAAAAAAGGCACAAGUGUUUCUCCUUAACGUAAACUUAGAAGCUCCUCAACGAGUUCUUGAGCGUGUGUGCAUGUGUGUGUGUGUUUAAAAAAUAUUUUAAAUCUGCGCGCAAAAGCUCAGCCCGUGGGCAAUAAGUGCAAGCGGUGACAAGUGUGAAUGCAACAGUGAAAGAGUUAAAAAAGCGAAAAAAAGCUCAUGAUUUUAAAUAAUAUCUCCCCCCGGUGCAGUGAACGUACGUGUCUGUGUAUGUGAAGGCGUGCUAGUGUGUGUGUUUAAUGAAAGUGCAGUGCAUUACGUAAAGCGACCGGCAGGGGGCGGGAGGUUCCGGCUACGGUUCUCACGGUGGAACACCUCUUUGUGCGGGUGGGUGGGUGUUUCUGUGCAAUAAAGUUUUCGCUGGCGGGAAUUAAUUCACUGUCCAUCACCGGGGCACGGCGCUUCUAUUGCGGCCAGUGAACGUGCGUGUACGUGUGUGUGUCUGUGUGUGUUGAUGAAAAUAUAAUGCAGUUCUUAUUGCCCGGCCGGUGCGGGCGCAGUGUUGUCACUUGGGUACGGGAACAGCGCGACGCUAUCGAAGCAACAGGAAACCACCGCCAACAGGUGCAGCAGCCCCAAUCGGCUUCGGUCCUGCUGCGGUAAGCCCAUUCCCGCGGUAGCAGAAACCACGGUUGUCAAUAGCCCCGCAGUCACCACCCACACACAACCCGUUCAGUGGCCAGGCGUUGCGCCAUACACAAACGCCAUACGCAAGUCGGAGGAAACUAGCCAGCCGGCGCGAUUUCAAACACAAAAGUUCCAGGUACGCGCGACAACUACGUCAGCUGCUGCGCAUCAAUAACGACUGGCUUCCUCCCCGUUGCGAUGUAGUCAUCUCUUUGGGAGUUUUCGGGUGCAACGGUUCAACUAGUGUCUCUUUCCGGCUGUGGUCUUCUUCUGCUUUCUGUGUGUGAUAGUCCUUUGGUUUCUGCUUUCGCUCCGAUAACGACGUCGAACGUCGUUGCCGGGACGUCGACCGCAGCAGAAUGCUCCUGCAACCCGGGCCAACGCUUAGCACCGAACAUCAGCAGCAGUCGCAGCAGCAGCAGCAGCAGCACCAGCAGCCGCACCAAUUUCAGCAACAUGCACCGAACCUACUUUCGGCCCAGCAACCCUCGUCACUGACCUCCUCCUCCAGUGCCUCGUCGACACCGCCGAUCCAGGACGUGAGCCGCUAUCUGGAGACGCUUCAGGAGCAGCUGAAGGAAGGCUGGACGGCCCACACGGCCAAGGAUGGCCGUCUUUACUACUGCAAUCACAUAACGCGCACGGCUGGCUGGCUACCGCCCAUCGAGAACUGGGUGCAGACAAACGACCUGCCGUACGGUUGGGAAAAGGCAAUCGACCAAAAGGGACAACCGUAUUACAUAAACCACCUAAACAAAACCACCACCUAUGAGGAACCGAUACGGCAUCAUGGCAAUGACGCACCGCCCGAACCGCGUGUCGUCGUACUGCAGCGGAGCCCCACGCUCGGGUUCGGGUUCGUGGCCGGCAGCGAAAAGCCUGUGAUCGUGCGUUUCGUCACGGAAGGUGGCCCUAGUGUAAAUAAGCUCGAGCCAGGUGACCAAAUAUUAGCUGUAAACGGUGAGGACGUCAAAGACGCACCCCGGGACCAUGUGAUACAAUUAGUUAGAAAUUGUGAAACCUCCGUCACGCUGCUGGUAUGCCAGCCGCAGCUCUACAAUGCGGUCGGCCGCAAAUCGACCCUGCUGUCGGCGGGCAAGAAGGCGAAGCUGAAAUCACGCCCAAUCCGCGUCCGGUUUGCCGAGAGUGUCUGCGUUAACGGGGCGCCAUUAUUUCCGCCAUCUGCCUUUUCCCUCGGCGAUCUGUGCGUGCCGCCGAUGGCAAACGUGCUGAAAGUGUUCCUCGAGAACGGUCAAACCAAAUCGUUCAAGUACGACUCGACCACCACUGUACAGAAUGUUGUUACUUCGUUACGCGAUAAGUUAUGCCUAACCGCCGGUGAGCACUUUAGUCUCGUGGUGGAGCAUGUGAAAAGUUUGAAGCGGAACAAGCUGACCCUGCUGGACCCGCAGGAAACCGUAGCACGGAUAGCGGCACGGCCCGGUGCGCACAAGCUGCGCUGCCUGUUCCGGGUAACGUUCGUGCCCGUGUCAGCCGCCGCCCUCGCGCAAAAGGACCUCAACGCGCUCGACUAUCUGUUCCUGCAGUGCUGCAACGAUGUCACGCAGGAGCGGUUCGCACCGGAGCUGCAGCCCGAGGUGGCCCUACGCCUGGCGGCGCUGCACAUGCACCAGCACGCGCUGGCAAACAACAUUUCGCCCGCAAAACUGACUGUAAAAACUGUUGAACGAGAGUUUGGACUGGAUCGCUUUGUGCCUGCUUCGCUGAUCGAAGGAAUGAAACGGAAGGAGCUGCGACGGCUGCUCGGUCACUUCCUGAAGCUCAACUCCCAGAUGACCGGUUCGUCUACGAAAAUGCUUACCCAGCUGCAGGCUAAAAUCCACUAUCUCGACAUCAUCUCCGGCCUGCCGAGCUACGGUGCGAAGUGUUUCAGCACGAACCAGCGCGACGGUGUAGAGCGGGUCCUGCUCGUUAGCCCCCGGUUCGGGUUGAGCCAAAUUGCUGGCGUACGCAACACGGUGCCUCAACCGAUCUGCAAUCUUGAGGAACUAAUCCGUGUGGUGGUCACGCGCGACGAUGACGUCUCCAACACGGUGACCGUGUUUAUAAGUCCCGAUCGUGUCAUACACUUCGCGAUGGAAGAUCGCGACGCGUCCGAGUUUGCGAUAGUACUGGCGGGCUACUAUCGACUGAUGGCCGGAAAAGAACUGCCGCUGGAGCAGGAGCGCGACACCCAGAUCGAGGACAUUGCGCCCCCGUACCUGUCGCAGCACACGGUCGUCAGCAAUGGCUGGAGCUAUCUGCCCACCGAGAAACCAACGCACAGCAUAGCAUUCCUGAUGCCACCGCCCUACCAUUCAACCGGGUUCCGCAGUGCCACCGGCUCGAUCAGCUCGUCCAGCCGGUCGGAUGAGUGCGAUCGCAACGCGAACAGCGCUCGCAUCUCGAACAAGAACACCCGGCCCAGCCUGCAGGAGUACGAUUUCGAAGCGAACGGCAAGGAUACCAUGCGCCUGUCCAAGGAUGGGACAGUGGCACCAGGCGGCAAGAUCGGCGGCAUCCCGAUGGCCGUCUCGGAAGCGCGCAACGAGGAGGUACUGCGCCGCGUCGCCGAGAUGCAGAAGAUGGUCGAAAGCUCGGAACGCUACCUGAACGAGCACGGCGACUAUGGGCACGAGUUUGACGUAAAACCGGUCGGCAAGCUUAACUUCUGGCGCGAAACCUCGGUCGACGUGGACGAGAGUGACUGCGAAAGCCUCAACAGCAGCAAGCAAAGCUCGAACGAGGACGGUCCCGGUGUGCUGAAGCACAGCGACUCACUGACCCUGCUGACGGAAACCAUCAACCAGGGGUUGGAUGGGAUCGCGAAGGGUCUGAGCUCGAUCUACACCGCCCCGUUCGCCGAGCUGAACGGUAAGCUGGAAGGGCCGGUCGGCUCGUCGGCCCAGAACACACCCAAAACCCAGCGCAAAGUGUCCGGCCUGAGCCAGAUACUGAGCGAUCUGCAGGCGCUCGGCAACGAUCUGUCGCAGAGCGAAAGUGACUCCGAGUCGCUGUACACCCCGAACAGCUCGCCCAUCCACAAAACGACGCAAAGCUCCACCAGCAGCCUCGCAAUGCAGCACAACGCACAGCAGACGCUACCCUUGGCACUGCACGGGGCCACAAACAGUGCCGGCGGCGCGAAUGCGCGCAACAAAACCAUCCGCACCAGCUUCGGGCUGCACAGCCCGGACAGUGGCAACGAGGGACGGGACACGAGCCUGAAGGACUAUCUGCGCCAGCUGAAGGAGGCGAGCACGGCCAGCGAACUCGGCUCGGACGGUACCGAUCUGGCAGCGAAGAAGCUGGCCGACCUGUACGGGUACGAGCUGCUCGGCGAUGAGUCGAUCAUCGAAACCGAUCCGGACAUUAUCGAUCUUCGCUCGAUCCCACCGCCCCAGACGCCCGACGAGCUGGACAAUCUGAACGUGCUGAGCGUGCCGCCGACCGGGUUUGACGAUGGCACGGGUGCAAACAAGGCGCCUCCAGGCCGGACCACUCCAGCGAGUGCGGCCAGUAAGGCGAGUAGCAGCGCGGCAGCGGCCACCACCACCACCACCACCGGCGAUUUGGAAGAGUUUCUCAAGCAGGUAACGAUAGAGCCCCCGACCCAAAAGAUUACGCCGGCCGUCGAGCUGACGCCGGAGGAGAUCCUUUCGUACAUUAUCCCACCGCCGCCCGGGCUGAGCGAUCGGACCGAGCCGGGACCCCUGCACCCGCCAUCCGACCCGACCCACCAUUCCCCGGUCGGCCGGCGGCCCAACCAUACCACCCCUCCCAAGCCGAAUGCCGCGGUCAGCACGAACAAUAACAUAAACACGCUGAAGAACCUGAACUACGAGGCGGACCACCAGCCGGUGCCGCGGCCGCGCACCGGCACCACCAACGGCGGCCCGUCGAUUCCGUCGACCGUUGCGAACGGUGUGAUCGCGAGUGCGCUGCUCGCGAAGUAUGCGUACGAUCCGACGCGGUUCGAGGUGUACUACCCACCGACGGAGGGCCCCACCAACACUACCACCACCGACACGGCGGAGUACGAUCUUUACAGCAACAGUGCGGCAGCGGUGGCCGCUUCCGGCGCGGCGAACGAACCCAAAACGGCGAACGGCACCCAUGACCCCAAGGGUAUGAUGAAUGGUAAUGCCGGUGGUGGUGGUAGUAAUGGUGCAUCGAAUGGCCAUGUCAUCGAGUAUCCUACCGUCGAUCGGAAAGGUCCGUUCUCGUGCUGCGCCAAGUCCAAAUCGAAGGACAAACAGAACGGCGACACAGAACAAGAGCAGCAACGCGCCGCUGCCACCGACACCGUCCCUCCGCUGGCACUUCCACCGAAACCCUGUCCGCACACGGCCACCUCCACCAACCAGCCGAGUCCCCCGCAGCGACCACCCAAGAGUGCGGAGCUGCAGCUGCGGCUCGGUUCGCCUGCCCGCUCGCCUCCAUCCACCACCACCACCGCAGGGCAGUAUGGGGCGGGGCGAACGAACGGCAACUACUACGAGCUCGGUCCAGCCGAUCCCCCCUCGCUACCGCCCCGCUUCGAGCAGUCACCUCCACCGGCGGUGCCGCUGCUGGCCACGUUACCACCGAAGAAACCGCCCCUACCUCCGGUACCCAUCAAGCCCUGCAUCCUGCGCAGCCCGGUCCCGAUACUGAAGAACAGUCCGCACGCCACCUCAGCCACCACCACCAACACCACCAACACCUUGAACCAUGUGCACCAGUUUCACCAUCACCACCAGUCAUCACCCCCGGUGCCGCCGCUGCCGCACCAUCACCUGCAGCACCAUCUGCACCAUCCGGCGGGUGUAGUGUCCCUGUCCGCCAACUCCUCCCCCGUCCGGACGGCCGGCAUCGGGUCGCCCCAUCUUCACCGCAAUCCGAACUGUUACAGGGAGAUCGAGCGGGCGUUCAAUCACCACGCAGCGGACGACCCCCAGCCGGACAAGGGGAAGAGCCUGCCCGCACCGGCGAACCCAGCCGCCGGCCACCAGCGGUCGCACAGCGACUGCCCGCCGGUCUGUCUGAAGAACCCGCCGCCGGACAGUAGGGCCCAGCUGACGCUGCUCUGCUCGCCCCAGCUGUCCCGCAAAACGUCCCUGCCGACCAGCGGCGCGUCGCCGGCGCUGGUCGGCAUCACCUUCAGCAACCCGGGCAGUCCGAUCCUGUCGAACAGGAACGGGCACGUGCUGAACGUCGACACGCUGAUGGCCAAGACGGACGUGGCGAUGGCGGGCCUGCUGGUCAAGCUGGACCAGGUGGCGGCGGCCUGCUCCGCCGCCCAAACGGCAGGCGGUGGCAGCGCCAUCGACGAGGACCGCUUCCAGCAGGCCCGCGACGAGCUGACCGACCAGGCGCUGCAUCUGGUGACCGCCUCGAAGCAUCUGGUCGUGUCGAUGUCCGACGCGAACCUGACCCACCUGCCCGAGCAUCUGACCGCCUGCCUGUCGGCGCUGCGGCGCAUCACCGAGCUGGCGCAGGACCUGACGCGCACUACGUCGGCACCGCUGCAGACGCGCAACAUCGUGCUGAAGAUACACGACGUGGCGUCCAGCUUCCGGGAGCUGGCCUGCGUGCGCGUGGGUCCGGGCGGGGCAGGUCAGCUCGCCCUCAAUGCGGAGUGUUUGGCGAAUGUGCUCGCGACGCUGCUGCGAAGUUUGCGCGUAUUUUCUCCCUAGCAGCAGCAGCAGGAUGAGGAAGGGACUGUAGUAGGGGAGAGAAACUAAUUAGGGUGACUUUUAGGAGAGUAAAAAAACGAAGGUUGUUAAUAUAGUGGUUAAGGCAAUGCACACUGCUAGGGCAGGUGCAUUACGUUAGAGAUACCCAUUCCAGCAAGCAAACAUCUCACCAUAUCACACUGGCUCGGGAGAAUUGUGUCUGUAUGUGAACCAGUUCGAUCCAUAUCGAUCAUCCAUAUCGCGAACGCGGGGCGUUAAGCGAUCAAGUGAAAGUGAGAAUGAAACAAGGGCGAUGAUACUUCAGUUACCUCGCUGUUUCGCUUUCACUUCCACCUUUUCGCUAAGCGUGUGUUAAAACCUACAUAUAUUUGGAAGAAACCCAUCAUAUCCCCUGCAACACAUGCUCAUCAUUGCUAUCGAGUGGAGACACUCUCUAGAGAACUAGCAAAUGCUCAGGCGCACUCCAACAGGCGGUGCGUGCUAACACCGAACAGAACCAAGUGCGAAGAUGAGUGUAUCUGCUGUAAGCUUACAAUAAUAUUAAGGACCACAAAACCAAGUAACUUAUUUCGUUGAAGCGUUAUUGUGCGUGCGGCAUAUAAGGAGGCCCGGCCACAUCAUGUUGCUGGAACUGUAGCGAUACAAAGCUUCCAAUACACUCUUUUAAACCGGUUCCGCUCACAGUUGGUGCAGCGUUAGUUCCAUUUGUUUCAUGAGCGGGUUUCUUUUUUUUUGUUUUAGAUAGUUUGGUAAUGUUUUCGGUUUAGUGUUUCGUGAGCAAUGUUACAAAUUAAUUAGCUGCAAUUGAUACUACCCGAUUAGUUCCCUCGCUGAUGGCGCCUUCGAGCCCGUUCGAGAGAGAGAGAGAAAAUAGGACAAAAUUCAAAAAUACUCUACCAGCAAGCAAACGGCUGGCUGGCUUUUCGUAGACACUGUGGGAAACGUUUGCAAUCAUAUGAUAAUAAUACAAACAAAAAAACAUGUGUUCUGUAUGUGUUAGGCCAAUAUCAACGGUGGGAAACAAGCCAGAAAGCCUGUGCAACGUGCUGCAGUACUAAACCUAAUUAUAACAUUAAUAACAAUAACAGUAGUAAUAACAACAAUAAUAGGGAACGAUAUUAGCGCGAUGUUGUACAUAGGUAGGGGAGUGGUGUGUGAAUGUGGCCAUCGAAAUUUGUAACGUGUUUUGUGUUGCUGUGCGUACAUUAAUAGCAAUUUGAACUGUGUUGUUGUUUAGCGGGGGAAAAGGAUGGAGGAGAACGAGGGCAGUGAGUGUUAAGUGUGGGGCAUGAAACAAAAAUCGAUGGAUUUGAAUGAUGCUUCUAUGUAAGCGAUAUUGGGAGUGAAUGUUAGCAUAAUUAUAGAUAACAGCAUAGCAUCACACACGCACACAAAACGUCGAACGCGGUGCAUUGAGAAGUGCAUUUAAGCUUAGUAAAAGAAGUACCGCUCAACACAUAUACAUAUAAAUGCGUACAGGGCGAUUAAUUCGAUUGAAAUUAAAAAUGGGAUGAAAUCGGUCCCAUUGCAAGGACACACACACCCACACAAAAUGCUUCCAUAGUGCUCAAUUGUGUAAAGAAGAAUAAAAGGAGAGAUUAAAAUGGGAUUGCUUCAAUUGGUUGGAAGCGGUGGCGCUAUUGUGUGAUGUACAAUAAAACUCCAAUCUCUUAAAGGCCUCACCGAUCGCUUCGGAGCACAAUGCACAAAACUGCAGCGGAUUACAAUAACGCGAUGGGUGAGAAGGUCCUGGGACAAUUAUUGCACGGAGCAAAAAUGGAAAGGGAAGAAGAGGUGUUAUGAAUUGAAUGUUUUUAAAAAAGUAUUCUUCUACCGGUACAUGAGUGCACAUUGAAAGGCAAUCACGCGUCCGAUCGAUGCAUCGGAUGUGUGUGUGGGUGGGUGUGUGUGUGUACGCGGUUGCAUUUGUUUUGUCAGCCCUUUUGGACCAGGCUAUGGCAAUGUUGAGUUUUAUUAACUGGUGUACCAAAAACAAAGAGAAUUGUUGAUUUUUUUUUUUUCUCGGGUUUAAUCCGCUAUUUUUGUUUGAUCAGUCCUAUCAUUUUUCACGAUUAAAAUGGGAUUGUUCUAUAUUGUUGUUGUUGUGUUGUUUGACUGACAAGAGACUGGCGUGUAUAUUGUACCCCAAAAGCGACACAAAAAAGCUCCCUUAAAUUUACAAAUGCGGUCUAAGCGAUACGAAUAGUGUGGAUGUGAGAAAACAGAUAAAGGAGAUCGAAUGUAAAAAAAAGGCAGCAGCAUGUAUGCAAAGCACAGUAAGAGCGCGAAAGUAGAAAGAACAAAUGAUAGAAUAAUUGGCAAUUGCAAACGGCUCUUAACGAUCACGCACUUACACUGUGUUGCGCAAAAACCCUCCCUCGAUGAGGAACGAUUGAUUAAACCGCUGUGCGUUUCUGGCGUCGUCACACUCACCCUUAAUCCUAAACUACGAAAACUCCUUCCCGCAAACGAUCGUGUCAUGUGGUGCUGUUUGAGCAGAUUGUAUGAAUUUUCCACCAAAAA